CGGUUGUGGUUGUUGUCGUGCAAUUAGUUUUUAAGUGAACUAUGAUCUUAUUAACGUUGUGAUUUACGCAUUCGGCUGUAGCGGCUUCUGUUCAAAUGUAAAUGCACCCCAAUUCUUAAUUUAUAAAGGUAUAGGUGCUGAUGGCCUACUACUUCAGUGAUAACAUACACACUAAAUCACUAACUCCAAGAGAACACCAGGUUGAACUUCUUGAUGCUGCAAAAGAGCGAAACAUAAUUGUAUGUCUUUGCUCGAGCUCUGGGAGAGUAUUCAUAGCAACAAAGUUAAUCCAGGAAUUUUCAAAUGCGAUACGAAGGCCAAUUAAGAAUGGAGGCAAACGUUCAGUAUAUCUUGUGGACAGCGUGGCACUGGUGGGACACCAAGCAACCUACAUCAAUAACUUGACAGAUUUAACUGUUGGUGAAUACAGUGAAUUCUCAAGUGUAACCGAUUGGGAGAAAGAAUUAAUGGAAAAGCAGGUGCUUGUCAUGACAAGUGACGUUUGCAAUGAUGUCAUCAGUAAUGGCAUUCUUAGGAUUGAGGACAUAAAUGUGCUUGUGCUUGAUGAAUGUCACAAUGUUUUACAGAACCAUCCAAUGAGAAGGGUCAUGCAGUAUGUGUCAUUGUCUCCUAAAAGACCUCGAAUUCUGGGACUUACAGCACCAAUCUUCAACAGUACAGCAGAUCCUGGUCGCUUGGAAGGUGAAAUGCAGAGAUUAGAAGCUGCACUUCUCAGCACAGCAGAAACAGCAAGUGACAUUGUUUCAGUACUAAGGUAUAGCACAAAACCAAAAGAAUUUGUUCUGGAAUGUGCGCCUCAUCAACCAGGUGAAUUAGAUAACACUUUAGAGGAUAUCGUCACUGAUGUGUUAAACUUUAUUCAGGAUCAUCGAUACGAUCCAUUAGAAGUGUAUGAUGAUGAAUUUUUUGAGGAGCUGAAGGAUAUUCCUGACCCGAAAUCUGAUCCACUAAAAAUCCUCAAUGAAUUCUUAGAUGUGCUACACACACUAGGCCCAUGGUGUGCUGACAGAGCAGCAUUCUCACUUUUGCUGCAUGUAGAAAAACUAAAAGUGAAGACACCAUAUGAGAGGCAUUUUCUUUUGCUGUGUAUGAUUUCAACUGUACUUGUGAAAAUUCGGGCUGUAUGUGAUGAUUACUUUAAGGGCCUCCCUGAAAAAGAAAAGAUACUAAAGUUUUCUUCACCAAAAGUACUUCGUCUCUUAGAAAUCAUCAAGCAGUUUAAACCUGUCCGAUGUCUUUGUGUUAGAGAAGAAAAUCAGUCUGUAAAAGACACUAAAAUAUGCACUGUUCCUGAAUGUUGUGGUGUGAUUAAAAACAGAGAAUUUCCAGAAGAAACUAUUUCUGUAUUAAGUUAUGACAGAUCUUUACUCCUGUCACUAAACUUUUCGCCAAGUGUUGAUGCAAUCAAAAUUCAGAAUCAUGUGAAAUGCAAAGACUUACCCUUCAGUAUAUGUGAUACAGCUGAAUGCCAAAGAAUGUCCAAUCACAUAUAUGAUAAUAACAGCAUGAACUGUUUUAUAAAGCAUCGUUCAUUUCCAGUUUGCAUAUACAGCUGUUCUCUACGGACCUGUGGGGAUGAAGACAUUCACGGAAAGCAUGUCCACAUGAAUGGUAGUACUCUGAAGAUUGUUAGUGAACAAUUUUCAAUAGCCAACGUGUUAAGAAAUGUUUGGAAUUCAUGUAGGAGGAGCUUGCAUUCCAGUUCAGAAAGUUUGUGUCAUGUUGAACUAAAUAAACUGUCUCCUGUGAGCUUAUUAAGAACUUUGCAUAUCAAUAAUUGUGACUGUAUUCACUGUAAAUACCAUGCUUAUGUUUCCUUACAUGAGGGAUAUAGUGAAGAAAAUAAUGUGGAUGAAUGUGUUGUUAGUGUGCUGUCAAAGAAUGACGUAUCCACUUUCCGUGAGAAUUUGAGUAGUGAAGUGUCUUUAAAUAAUACAUUGACAAAAUCAUAUUUUGAUAACUAUGAUGAUCAGAAGAGUGAGCCUUCCACUCCCUGCAGAGCAGUGAUUGGAAGAGGACGUUCAUCGAAACAACUACGAAAGGCUGGACCUGGGUCUGGAAAGUUCGAUGUUCAAGGCAGAAAUUUCCGAAGUGCCUUGCAGGAUGACGCAGAUGCACUUUGUGGCAUAGUGUUCGUUGAGAAGAAAUUCACAGCUAAGAUCCUUUAUCACCUUUUAAAUGAAAUUCGUCGUAAUGAUGAAGAUUAUAGUUUUGUGGCACCACAGUAUACAGUUGACAAAGAAGCUGAUCCUUUGACAGAGCCUCGGGAAGCAGAAACUGAACACAGAAAACAAGAAGAAGUUUUAAAGAGGUUUCGAAUGCGAGAAUGUAAUCUUCUCAUUGGCACAUCAGUUUUGGAGGAAGGUAUAGAUAUUCCCAAAUGUAACCUGGUUAUUCGUUUUGACGUUCCUUCGAUGUAUCGCUCGUAUGUUCAGUCUAAAGGACGUGCUCGUGCUCAGGAUGCCUAUUACUUAUUAAUGAUUGAAGAGAGUAGAACUGAAGACUUUGUUGAAAACUUGGCCCAGUAUUUUGAAAUUGAACAGAUGCUUCUUAGAAAAUGUGCCAAUAAAGAACCUUCAGAGGAAGAAGAAAUGGAAGCAGACAAAUGGACUGACAUGAUAGAAGCAUAUAGUCCACCAUCAAGCCCGAGCCAUUCAUCAGUUAACAUGUCAACUGCUGUAGCAUUGGUGAACAGGUAUUGUGCAAAACUGCCUAGUGAUACAUUUACAAGACUUUCCCCACUGUGGUCCCUGAAAACUGAAGAAAUUGACGGAAAGACCCACUACAUUUGUACUGUGCGCCUUCCUAUCAAUUCUCCUGUGAAACACAAUAUUGUGGGUCUCCCAAUGCCUACGAGGGUUCUUGCACGACGCAUUGCAGCAUUAGAAACAUGUCGUAUUCUUCAUCAAGCAAGGGAACUUGAUGAUAACCUCAUGCCAGUUGGAAAGGAACGUUUUCACAUACAUGAGGAAGGUGACCAAGUUGGUGACCCUGAUGACCCAGAGGAUGUUGCUUCUCGUGAUUCAUUGGAGCCAAAGCCAGGAACAACAAAGCGCCGGCAGUAUUACUAUAAGCGUAUCUCUGAUGCUCUGACAGAUUGCCGUCCAGUUGCAGGCAAGCCAUCUUUAUUGUAUAACUUGGCAAUGGUGUUAACUUGUCCUUUGCCUGAGGAACAGAACACAAGAGGUAGGAAGAUAUAUCCUCCAGAAGACUCGCUGCAGGGUUUUGGGAUUGUAACAUCAAAGACUAUACCGAAGAUCUGUCCCUUUCCUAUCUUCACACGCUCUGGUGAAGUUAGUGUCAACCUAGAACUGUCAGACACAAAUGUGAUAUUAACAAAAGAGAAAAUUGGUAUGAUCGUAACAUUCCUGAAUUACACUUUCACAAGUGUCCUACGACUGCAGAAGUAUCUUAUGAUGUUUGACCCACAGGCAUCAGAAAAUUCUUAUUUUAUCGUACCUACGAGAAAAAAAACCAAAGAAUCUCUGGCUGAAGUUGACUGGGAAUUUCUAGAACGUAUAUAUAAAGAUUGUGAUCUUCGUCCACAACCUAUCCCUCAGGAAGAAAGAGCGCAGUUCAUAUUUGAUGCUUCCAAAUACCAUGAUGCUGUAAUAAUGCCAUGGUAUCGUAAUCAGGAUCAGCCUCAGUACUUCUAUGUUGCUGAAAUUUGCUCUCAUUUGAAUCCUAAAUCAACGUUUCCUGGAUCUGAAUACAAAACAUUUGAUGAAUAUUAUUUCAAAAAGUACAAUAUCCAGAUACAAAAUGAUACACAACCACUUCUGGAUGUUGAUCACACAUCUGCAAGACUUAAUUUUCUGACUCCACGGUAUGUUAACCGGAAAGGGGUUGCUUUACCUACCAGCAGCGAAGAAACAAAAAAAGCAAAACGUGAAAAUCUGGAACAGAAGCAGAUUUUGGUUCCAGAGCUAUGUACUGUCCAUCCUUUUCCAGCAUCUUUAUGGCGAAAAGCUGUUUGCCUCCCAUGUAUUCUUUAUAGGAUAAACGCACUCUUACUUGCGGAUCAAAUUAGAUGUCAAGUAGCUAAUAAUAUUGCACUUGGCCAAGAGAAACUUCCAGCAGAUUUUGAGUGGCCUCCAUUGAACUUUGGAUGGAGUCUAGCAGAUGUAUUGAAAAGAUCCAAAGAAAAUGCUGCUAAAGUACCUGAAAUCAAAGUGGUUACUUUUGCGCAGGAAACAGUGACAUCUAAAUUAAGCAAGACAAGUAAUGAAGCAGAAGUAAAUGAUAUUUACUGUGAGCAAAAGAAGAAGACUGCAAAUGAGAUCUUGACAGAGGAAGAGAAUAAAUUGUCUGGUGAAUGGAUGGAAAUUGGUACAUGGUCAAAUGACAUGGCAGAAAGAAAUCCAAUGGAAUCAGGUGAUAUUGAUGAAUUUGAUCCAAAUAUUGCUCUACCAUCAAAUUUAACAUUGCUUGGAAAUGAUUCAGAGUUAACAGACUUACAUAAUGGAGAAGGAAGCAGUGACUGGGGAACAGGAAUUGAAGCUCAGUUUGAAGGAAAGGUACGAUAUGGGUCACCAAGUAGCUGGAUGAGAGCAGACCAUUUUACUAAUUUUGAUGGUGACUGUAUAGGAUAUGAAUCAGAUGAAUCUUACAAUGAGCUUGUACAUGAAACAGACAGUUUUGACUGCAAUGCUUUUCAAGUACAUUCAGGAAUUAGAAUUGAAUUCAAAAGUGAUAAUGUUGCAGAGGCUGUAGAGGAUGAACCACAGACCAAGCAACCAGCUUUAAAAAGCAGCAGUGCAGUUGUGGCAACAAGUGUUGCAGCCAGUGAAGUGCCAUGGAAUUGGGACAUGGCAGUCACAUUAGAUUCACUUGUUAAUCAUUUCAGUCAUUCUGACAGUGACAGUAAAUCUGACGCUGAAUCUGACAAAAUUACAGAAAUGUAUGCAAAUCAUUUUGAUGAAGCAACAAAGAAGAACAUAUGUUAUAUAAGGAAGAGUGGUAUACUAAUAAGAAAAGAUCAGCCUCUGGAGAUUGUGAGAUCCCUGUCCUCUUGUGCAGGGCAGUUUCAGAAUAUUCCUGUUGAAAUACAUAUACAAAGGUCUGUAAAUAGCAGUCUUCUGCAGAACAGCUUCUCACAUUCACAUUUUGUAGCUGGCUGUAAAAUAGUCUUCAAUGUAGGUAAACUUUCACUAGAUAAUGGCGAUGAUGACUUAGAUACCAAAGAAGCUUUAUACACAGCUGGUAGUGUAACAGUGUGUGACAGGAGAUUGUCAUGGAAUGUUGAUGGUGAUGAGGAGGAAGAUAUAAUUAGUAAAUUUAGUUUUGAUGCACAGCCAGAACUUGAAGGGCAUCCUGGUCCAAGUCCAAGUAUAAUACUUCAAGCAUUAACAAUGUCAAAUGCCAAUGAUGGAAUUAACUUGGAAAGACUGGAAACAAUAGGUGACUCAUUUUUGAAAUAUGCUAUCACAACGUACUUAUAUUGUACAUAUGACAAUAUCCAUGAGGGAAAACUAAGCCAUUUGAGAUCCAAACAGGUGAGCAAUCUUAACUUAUACAGACUUGGACGGAGGAAAGUGUUUGGAGAAAGUAUGAUUGCUACAAAGUUUGAGCCUCAUGAUAACUGGUUGCCACCAUGUUACUAUGUUCCUCGUGAAUUGGAACAGGCUCUUGUAGAAGCUGGUAUUCCUGCUAGUCACUGGAACCGUGCUGAUAUACCUAACUUAUUACCGUUGUCACGUGAGGAGAUAUGUGAGCUUGUUAGAGAACGCUGCAAUCAGUUUCAGCGUUGUAGAGAUUGUGAUGAAGGUGAAGUGUCCAUACGUGCAGAAGAGUAUGACAGUGUUGAUAAAAUGCCGUGCUUCAUUCCUUAUAACCUGAUAACACAACAUAGUAUUCCAGACAAGAGUGUAGCUGACUGUGUGGAAGCGCUUAUUGGAGCAUAUCUCAUUGCAUGUGGGCCAAGAGGUGCCCUGCUUUUCAUGGCAUGGUUAGGAAUUUGUGUUCUUCCAAGAGAAGAAAUUAUUUUGGAAAGCAGUAGUCCAAACCUCACUCCUGAGGAGAGACCGGUUGGUAGUUUAAAACCAGCAUUUGUAUGUGAAGACAGUGAUGGGACUGCUGUCUGGAAGCAGGUGAGAUAUGGCACAUUGCAGUCACCUCCAUCACCACUUCUCAGGAAUGUCUCAAAUCCAGAGCGGAAGUUGGAAGCCUUACUUGAUGGAUAUGAUGUAUUUGAACAAAAAAUUCAGUAUAAAUUUCGUGAUAGGAGUUACUUGCUACAGUCGCUCACACAUGCUUCCUACUCACCAAACAGACUUACAGAUUGUUACCAAAGGCUUGAAUUCCUUGGAGAUGCUGUUCUGGAUUACCUUAUCACUCGUCAUCUGUAUGAAGAUUCACGUCAACAUUCUCCGGGUGCUUUGACUGACCUACGCUCAGCUCUUGUGAAUAAUACAAUAUUUGCAUCACUUGCUGUUCGUUAUGGCUUUCACAAAUACUUCCGUCACUUAUCACCAGGAUUAAAUGAGGUUGUUGAUAGAUUUGUUCGUAUUCAAGAGGAAAAUGGACAUACAAUUAGUGAAGAGUACUAUUUAAUUGAAGAAGAAGAAUGUGAAGAAGCUGAAGAUGUUGAAGUCCCAAAAGCACUGGGAGAUGUUUUUGAGUCAGUUGCUGGAGCGAUCUUUCUGGAUAGCAACAUGUCUCUCGAUGCUGUUUGGAGAGUGUACUAUCGGAUGAUGAAAUCAGAAAUAGAGCAAUUCAGCACUAAUGUACCAAAAUCACCAAUCAGAGAACUUCUUGAACUGGAGCCAGAAACAGCAAAAUUUGGGAAACCAGAGAAACUGGCCGAUGGUCGUCGUGUGCGUGUCUCAGUGGAAGUUUUUGGAAAAGGAAUUUUUAAAGGAAUUGGUCGUAAUUACCGAAUUGCCAAAUGUACUGCAGCAAAAUGUGCCUUGAAGCAACUUAAAAAGAAAGGAUUACUUUCUAAAAAGUUAUGAAGUA